AUGACCGUCGGACAACCAAAAACGGCGCUAUCCGCUACCCGGGAGAGGCCCGGAAUCUAUUCGGUAAGUGAAGGCGCAAAGGAUGCCUUCAACUAUCUCUUGAAAUCCACCAAGACAGAGCUUCCGAGAGGGUUCCUACAAUACGCUGAGGAUGUCAAGUUCUUGAGAUAUUCUCGUACCGGGGAUACGGCGUGUUUUCCGUGCCCCUUGCGUGAGCAAGAAACAGUAGCAGCACUUAAAGCACUGGAAGGAUGCGCUGCUGCCGCGAUUGCAGAUAUCCGGGGGCAAAAGCGUGAAAGAUCGAUUAGUGUCACCUUAGAACGUGUGACGUCCUUUCUAAUGUCUACAUAUCUCACCAAUAUCGACGGCUUGGAUAAGUGCAACCCCAAAGUUAAGGAACGAAUUCCGAACACCGAUCUAAACCAAGCUCAGUCAAUUCUAUAUCGACGCCUAUCAGCAGGCCUAUACGAAACAAGGAACCAGGGCGAGUACUAUCACAUCCACGGAUCAUUGGAAGCCACCAAAUCUCUAAAGAUGAUUGGUCUUCCUGCUUUUUCCCCCGGUCUAACAGAUUACCGUGAUUGUAUUAGCACUAUCGAGGGGGCAGUCGGGAAGUUUUCCGGAGCUGAAUUAGAAAAGCUGAAUCGAGAAUAUCGCCAGGCAGGCGUCCCCGUCCUCACCAAUGAAAAUUUCCAGAAGAGCAGCCAUGGCCAAUCGAUGGCAUCUCUUCCAUUAUUUACCGUAAAGCCCUUGAGCAUUGAUACGCCACCUGUCCCAUUUACGGAACAAACCAUUUGCAGACCAAGUCAGUGUCUGCAGGGACUUCGUGUUAUCGAACUGUGUCGGGUAAUUGCAGGACCAACUAUUGGUCGAUCCCUAGCAGCGCAUGGCGCAUCUGUCUUGAAGGUUACAUCGUCGCAGUUACCAGACGUCCCAUUCUUCCAAUUGGAUGUCAAUAUCGGGAAACACACGACAUCGUUACAUCUCAAAAACGCAGAUGAUGUCGAGAUUUUCGAGUCUCUCCUCGAGACAGCCGAUGUGAUCAUCGAUGGGUACCGACCGGGCGUUAUCGCGAGGCUCGGUUAUCGUCCCGAGGAUCUUGCAGCGAAAGCGGCUCAACGCGGCAGGGGUAUCGUCUAUGUGGCAGAGGACUGCUUUGGCGGUAUCGAAAUUGGUGCCGAAUGGGCGGGCCGUCCGGGUUGGCAGCAAAUCGCCGACUGCGUCACGGGCGUGGCAUGGGAGCAAGGUAGGUUCAUGGGCCUCGAUGAGCCGGUCAUCCCACCUUUCCCCAUGUCCGACUAUGGCACGGGGUGCGUCGGUACUGUUGCGGCGCUCUCAGGUAUCUAUCGUAGGGCUACGCAAGGUGGUAGCUGGAUUUGUCGAACUAGUCUAUCACAGUACGACAUAUUCCUUCUAUCUCUCGGCACGUACCCGACUGAGGUCCAGAACCAGCUACGCCGCGAGCACGAUCCUAACUUCUUCGAGCUACGUCACAACGAUUCUGUUGACGAGAUUAGCCAACGAGCCCUAGCCAGUGUCAAGUCGCUACAUCCGACGCUCUUUGCUAACCAUCUCAUGCAGAGCACGUAUAGCGAGGGGUUCGGCGGCAUUGUAGCGUGGCCGAAGGAGCCACUAGCAGUGAGUGGAAUUCAGAUUGGCUACGUGAGGCCGACACGACCGAAUGGCUAUGAUAAGCCUACUUGGGAGCAUUGGGAGAGAGAUGAGUCUCUAUUGGAUGCCUGA